GUGAUUGCGGCGACAGCGUCAGGGAUGCUCGGGGCCUGUGGCCGCGUGGGCCUGAGCUGUGGGGGGACGCGGCCCGGGUGAGGGGCGGUCGGGGCGAGGGGGACGACCCCGACACGGGGACCCGGGGCCGGUGCCGCCUGGGGCUGCGGGGCGGAGCGCGGCGAGAGAUGCUGCCGGACGAGAGCUCCGAGUGGCUGCACGAGCUCCUGCAGGAGGUGCAGCUGGAGCAAUUCUUUCUGCGCGUCCGCGACCAGCUCAACGUGACGCGCCCCGAGCACUUUGACUACGUCAAGAGCGAUGACCUGGAGAAGAUCGGCAUGGGCAAGCCGGGCCAGAGGCGUCUCUGGGAAGCUGUCAAGAGGAGGAGGACCUUGUACAAGCGCAAGACCUGGAUGCCCAAGGUCUCCUCUCUUUUCAAUGCUUCCCAUGCCGAGGUUGAAUGCCUGGACGAGUGUUCAGUCGGCAAGCAGAGCGAGUGCCCGUCGCACCCGUCGCUCACCUUCCGCAAGGUGUCGCCCACGCCGGGGGGGCAGGACCCCCCUCCGCAGAGCCUCACGUGCCUCAUCAAUGAGAAGGAGCUGCGCCUGCUGGAGAAGCUGGGCGACGGCUCCUUUGGAGUCGUGCGGCGCGGGGAGUGGUGCUCGCCCUCGGGGCAGCUGGUUCCCGUGGCGGUGAAGUGCCUGAAGACCGACAUGCUGAGCGCCCCCGAGGCGCUGGAGGACUUUGUCAAGGAGGUGAACACCAUGCACAUGCUGGACCACCCCAACCUGAUCCGCCUCUACGGGGUCAUCCUCACCUACCCCAUGAAGAUGGUCACGGAGCUGGCGCCCCUCGGCUCGCUGCUGGACCGGCUGCGGCGGAACCAGGGCCGCUUCCUGCUGUCGACGCUGUGCCGCUACGCCGUGCAGGUGGCCACGGGGAUGAGCUACCUGGAGACGCGGCGCUACAUCCACCGCGACCUCGCGGCGCGCAACAUCCUCCUGGCCGCCAGCGACCUCGUCAAGAUCGGCGACUUCGGCCUCAUGAGGGCGCUGCCGCAGAACGACGACCACUACGUCAUGUCCGAGCACCGCAAGGUGCCCUUCGCCUGGUGCGCCCCCGAGAGCCUCAAGACUCGCACGUUCUCGCACGCGAGCGACACGUGGAUGUUCGGCAUCACGCUCUGGGAAAUGUUCACCUACGGCCAGGAGCCUUGGGUGGGCCUUAACGGCAGCCAGAUCCUGCACAAGAUCGACAAGGAGGGGGAGCGGCUGCCCAAGCCAGAGGACUGCCCGCAGGACAUCUACAAUGUGCUGCUGCAGUGCUGGGCCCAUAGGCCCGGCGACCGUCCCACAUUCAUGGCCCUCAAGGACUUCCUCAAGGAGGCCCAGCCCACAGAGAUGCGGGCACUGCAGGAUUUCCACGAAGCGGAGAAGCUUUCCAUCCAGGUGAACGACGUCAUCACGGUGCUGGAGGGGAGAGCUGAGAAUUAUUGGUGGCGUGGACAGAACAAGCGGACGCUGCAGGUGGGGCCCUUCCCGCGGAACGUGGUGACGGCCGUGGCCGGGCUCUCGGCCCACGACAUCAGCCUCCCGCUCAAGAACAGCUUCAUCCACACGGGGCACGGCGCCGUGCGGCCCGAGAACAGCUGGGGCCACCCCGACCGCAUCGACGACCUGUACCUGGGCAACCCCAUGGAGCCACCGGACGUGCUGCAGGGAGCCACGCUGCCCACCUCCCUGCCCGGCCGUGUCCGGAAGGAGCCCCCACCUCGUCCCCCACAGCCGGCCAUCAUGGGCAGCAAUCCACUGUACGACCCCGUGGCCGCGGAGGAAAUCGGGGAGAUGGUCCCCUCGGCCGCUCGCGAUUCCAGCGGCGCUGGCGGCGGCGCUGGCGGCGGCGGCGGGGGCUCCGUGCCGCCAGUGACAGGCGGAGGCGGCGGCGGGGAGUCCGGCGGAGCGCGCAAGCUCAACCUCAGGAGGCUGGCGCUCCCCCGGCCGCACCGCGGCGCGGCGCGCCCCUCGGCUCGCGUGGCCGCGGUCCCCUCGGAGCGGUCGCGCGACCGCGCGAUGAGCGCCUUCUGCGAGGAGGUGUCGCUCAUCGACCUGAGCGACGAGGGGCCGGCGCCGCCGCGCCCGCGCUCGGCGCUCCCCUCGCUGUCCGCGGGUUCGGGCUGCCUGCUGGGCAAUUCCCCCCCCGCGAGCCCCACGCGCUCCCUGCCUCGCCCCCUGCACCCCAUCUCCCUCUCGGGCUGGGAGCUCCGCUCGCCCGACGGCGCCCCUCCCUACGACUGCGUCCCCCGCGAGGACGAGCGGGACUCCUGCCGCGGCGACGCGGGGUUCGCUCCCGACGCCCCCGCCGCGGGCUCCGGGCGAGGCUCCCCGUGGCCCCGCGACGGCCCGGCCUCGCCCGCGGCCCGCGGCGAGGCCAACCCGGCCUUCGAGGCCGAGGCGCCGGCGUGGCGCCCGCGCGACGACCGGGAGACGGGCUCCGGGGAGCGGGGGGGCGGGCCCGACCCGCGGCAGGCGGUGGAGCUCUUCGCCGAGCUGCAGAGGGAGUGCUUGGCCAGCCUGGAGCUGCCCGCCAACCCGCGCCUGCUGCCGCCCUCCGUCUUCGCAGCCCGAUCCUCGCUCUCCUCCACCCCGCGGGUCCCGCCCAGGGCACCGCUGGAGUCGGACGCGACGGCGCCCUGCGGGGGCGGCUGGGGCGGCCGCGCCUCCGCGGCGCCGCGCCUCCCGCCGCGAGAGUCCGCGUCGUCGCUCCCCGCGUCGUCGCUCCCCGCGUCGCGCACCCCGAGCCCCUGCGGAUUCCCGGCGGACCGGCGCGGCAGCGUGAGCUCCGUGUCGUACCCUCGGCCUACCGUCGGCGCGGGAGGAGUCGGGGGCGGCGGCGGCCUCGGCCUCUUCCUGCCGUUGUCGCAGUCGCACUCGGAGCUGAGCUGCGCACGAGAGAGAACGACCCCCGACCUCUUCCCUGAGUCGCUCGGCGCUCCCGGAGCUCGAGGGCCCUGCAUCCUGCCCAUCAUGCGCGACGGCAAGCAGGUGAGCUCCACGCACUACUACCUGCUCCCCGAGCAGCCCGGAGGCGUGCCAGGAGGAGGAGGAGCGGGCGCCGUGGGCGCCGUCGGGGUGGCGGGCGAAGCGGGGGGCGCGUCGCACUUCCCGGGGGCUGGCGGAGGGCACCGCCACGGCGACGCCAGGAGGCCCGUCACGGCCGCCGUGCGGCCGCUCGGCAUGGAGGAGCGGGGAGGCAGCGGCGGCGGCGGCGGCGGCAGUGGCGGCGGCGUGGUCGUCGCGACCCCGACGGUCGCCCCUCCUCCCGACGCGCGAGCCCUGAGGCUGGCGCUGCCGUUGGCGCGGGCGGGACAGCGGGGCCAGCGGAGCGGCGGAGUGGGGGGCGGCGUCGGCACCGCGGCGGAUCCGCAGACGCCCCAGGACAAGAUCGGCCAGGUGCAGCUGCUGGUCCAUGGAGUCACGACGGAUGAGUGCCAGGCGGCGCUGCAGGCGCACCUGUGGGACGUGCCCCGUGCAGCGCACUACCUCAAGGUGGAGCAGCUCUUCUGCCUGGGGUUGAAGAGCCGGGCCGAGUGCCAGCGAAUCCUUGAGAAGUUCGACUGGAACCUGGAGCUGGCGAGCAGCUUCCUGCUCGGGCACUACAGCUCCCUGCGCUACCGGCGCUGACGACUCCGCCGGCGGUCCGAGCGGGGCCCAGGUGGCCGGGGUGAAGGGGGACACCGCCCCGCUGGGAGUGAAGGGGGCGGGCGUCCUGCACGGGGUUGGGUCCCCCUGACGCGAGGACGGGCGGCGGGAUGAAAAGUGCCGUCGUCACCGCGUGGCGCGGCGGCCGCCGCCGCUGCUGCUGCUCCUGCUGCUACUGAUUAUUCUGGGACCAGCACAGCUGGGCCCUGUCUUUAGGCCUCGCCUAUUCCCACCACCCCGCGGGGCAUCCCGUAUAUUUAUUUACUGUUUGUUUAAAUAUCCAUGCCAGUCGGUGGGGAGAAGAGGAAAAAAAUAUAAUUUUAAUAUAGCAGAGUUAAUAUAGCAGAGUUGUGUUGAUCUUGUUUUUGUUGUGGUUCCAACAAUUGCAAUCGUUACACAAUGUGCAGAAAUGGAUUCCUGUGGAGUUGACUCGGGCCAACCCUGCGUCACCCACCAAGAUCCCAGCACCACCGCUGCCGCCGUCAUCAAUGAAACCACGGUGGGGAACGUCCGGCACGCCGGGCGGGCACGUCAAGGGACCGCGUCUCACACGGGCCUCAGAUUUAAUUUCGCACGGUCCCUGCCCACACCCCCUUUGUGAAACGGGCCGCAAAGGAUAUUAACCCCCUGUCCCCCCCACCCCCCCCCUGCUCUGUCAUCCCAGCAAUACAAGUGGAUACGCCACGGUUAGUCGAUCAGCAGGUUAUGUGCGGUGGCGUAAAGUGUGGGUACCUCCAAGAUGUCUUGCCAGCAUGCGAGAGCAGGCACUUGCAGCGGCUGACGUUUUUCCCCGCCGUUGAGUUUCAACAUUUCACCAAAGGUCAAUCCUCUCGCCUGUGCCCGCGGCAACGCGCGGGCAAUCUGCCGCGCCGUGCUGUCGCGUCCGCCAUCGUCGUCGUCUGUGCGGUCGCCUCCAUCCCCUGCCCCGGUGGCGAGCGGCCGCCCGGGGAGACUGGGGUCUGGCGGGCCCCGGUUUAGAUCACCAGCAAGACGACGCUCCCGACCCACGGGCGAGCGACUUGGAAACUGCUGAGCCCCUCCGCUGCCGAGCGCCGCGCGUGCCCCUUCUGGCUUUUGUGACGAGUCUCGCGGGGUGCGUGGCGCGUGGCAACUUGCAGCUCUGUGCGUUUGUAGACAACCGGUAGUUUGCUACGACGAUGCGUCGAUACGUCGCGCGACGUACGAUCCACAUGUCGUCGGUCAGUGGCGGGCUGUACUUGCAACUCGCCGGAUCCAUUCGAUCUCCAGGCGGCGGCAGUUGAAAAUAACAGUGCAGGUUUCUUGUCAAAAAUAAUCCCCGCCCCGCUCCACCUCUUGCGUCUGUCUGCCGCGCAGUACGAGUGGGUGCUUCACCGCAGGUCACGUGUGCAGGGGCAACAGUGUGAGUACUCCCAGCUAUUCAAGGACGUCCGGCCAGUGUGGAAGAGUAGGCCAAAUACCUCUCUGUAGAGGAGGCCCUUCUCUCACCAGCGAUAUCCGCAAGUAAUUGCAGGGUUGCGCCUUUUAUCUUUUUUUAUUAUUAUCGCGGGACAAAAUCGUAUCGCCCGUUUGUUUUUAUUUCCUGAAAAGGUAUUCGCCAACAAGCACGAUAUCAUCCGUUACAAAUCAAUUAACAUCCUUGCAUAAAGUUAGCGCUUUCCAAAAGGCAUCCCGGUGCAAGUGGCAGCGUGGCGUUCACGAUGCCAUCGGUUGUUUCUAGCACAGCCGUUCAUUUCAUGAUUCACUCAUAUCGAGUGCGCAACUGACAGCAUGUGCUCUGCAAGCAUUACACUUUGUAAAGUUGUGGUGAUUGUUCGGCUUAUUGACCAGCCCUAGGUUGAGCGAAAUGCAGCUGAGGAACUUUGAAGUCAAUUUCACAUUCAGACUGGACGUGGGGCAAAAUCACGACGGCGGUGCCACGCGGCCUUGCCCGAUGACGCCGACAUCGCGACGGUCGUCACGACCGAGAUCGCCGUACCGUGGGAACUGACAUUGCGGUAGAGGAGGCUGGGUGUGCCGGCUACUCCCCUGGUGUUGGCGUUAAACCCGGCAACUGCGGGAGACUUGAUCGGUCACUGGAUUCGCAAACUCGCGGUGUGACCGGCCACGUCGCGCAGAACGCGCCCCCCAAUCCAACCCAACUCGGAAGCUCAGCGGGGUUGUUGGUCCCGGACGGCGCUCGGAUGACGGCGUGACCGCCGGGCGCGCCUGGGUUUGUGUGCGCGGCUGUGGAGCUGCGCUGCCCGGUACCCAUCGAGCAUUGGGUCAACCUUGGGCUCAACGUUGACACGUGGUUGGUCUCAUUGGCGCCAGCGUUGACACGUGGUUGGUCCCAUUGGCGCCAGCGUUUGCUCGGCGUUCCACGCUUGCUGGGUACGUGGCAGUCGGCGCUAGGCGGUGCAGCAACGCCCUCGUUGUACCGCGCUUCUACACUCCCACGCCUACGGCCCUCUGCCUUCACCAAGCCGCGUUGGGUGGUGGCGUGCUAAACUAACUAGGAGCGGCUUUAACCGAUGCACGUAGUGCUGCCUCCCGUGCGCCGUAAUGACCUUGCGCGAGCGGUAUUGGGUGCGUGAACGCGCGUGCAGGUGACCCGCUCGCCCCUCUCCCGUGUUGGAGGCGUCGAGGUCUGCAUCUGGUGCGCGAUGGCCCCCACAGCGGCCCCCACAGCGGCCCCACAGUGGCAGGGCGCAGGACCGUGGUUUUGUUGCAGACGUGCGCGCGUGCAGGGCAGUAUUGUAGGCCGGCAUGGAGGUGUCCAUAAUGUUUUGUUGGUGGACCGUCGUCGUCGUUGUUGUCGCCGUUCGGUGGUGGUGGUGUAAGAGGUGCAGAACGCCACGGCACCGCCCGAGGUGGUGGUGGUGGUGUAGUGGCGGUGUGAGAGGUGCGGAACGAGGCUUCUUGAGGCACAAGCGCGGCUGCUAUCCUGUUACAGUCUCUGUCUAAAGAGGGCAAAUUGAAUCUGUUGGGGGGUGGGGGGGGGGCAUCUGUCCAGUAGUGGGCGAUGUAAUGAAUGUGUGUGCUGUGCAGGCGAGGUUUUUCUCAGUGUUAGUGGCCAUGUGCUGCUUGUGUGUGUGUGUAAUGUGUGUGCUGUGUCGUGUAUGUUGUGUUUAUGCCGUGUGUGCUGCGUGUGUGCUGCGUGUGUGACUUCUCGUGUCUAUUCAGUCGAGAGCGGCGACUCGGUGGUUGGGGCACCGCGCUACCAAACCGGCGGUCCGAGUUCUAUUCACGCACGGUGACAGAUGUUUGAACCGGUCCUGGGCCUCUCCUAGGUCGACUCGGCCUUCAAUGAGUACCACGUGUGUACACCUAAGCCAGGGGUGGGGAACGUCCGGCCCGCGGGCCGUAUGAGGCCCGCAAAAUCAUUUGGUCUCUGGCCCUGCCAAGGCAACCGCAGGCGGGACUCGAAAUUCAAUAAAUCUCGGAGCAAACCUGGAAAAGCAGUUGCGAGUAGCAACAUCAUCGAUACCAGCUAACAUCACACGCCUCGCCAAAGAGAAGCAGUUACAGCCAUCGCAUUAGGGGCGAGUUAAUUAAAUGUUUGACCAAAUAUAACGGGCUCAUUUUUAAGUUGAUAAUUUUGUAUGGCCUGCGAAUUAUGUCAUGAAUAUCCAAAUCGCCCUUGGGAGAAAAAAGGUUCCCCACCCCUGACCUAAGCAUUGGGGGGACAACGGUGGCCGGGCGUGGUGUUGGCCACCCACCUCCUCGUGUGCCGUGCCGGCCUAAAUUGGGUGCCCACUAACAACACUUGCCCCGACAUCUUCCUUUUAAGGCUACACGGGGGAUCUUUGUCUUUGUCCUCUUCGUGUGCAAGGUGUGUACGCCGGGUCAUGCGUGUGGCACGUGUGUGUAGGCUGUGUUGUGUCUUGUAUGCACCAAGUGUUGUGUGAGUGUUCUGUGUGCUCCUUGCUGUAUGAUCUGAUUUCCCCGUCUGGGGAGUGUACUGCUCGGUGUGCUAUGUAGUAUCUGAGUGGGUUGUUGAAUCUGUGUGUGCUGUCUUGCGUGUACUGUGAUGUAUGCCGGUCUGAAUAGGUGCUCGCCGACAGCACUUGCCCCAAUGACCUGUUAAGGCUAUACGGGCCACCUUUGCCCUUUGCUGCUAUCGACUGCCUGACUCCUGUUCCCGUGACCGCGGACUCUCGCUCGCGCGUGUACAUGUGUACGUGUGUGCGUGUGUGUACAUGUGUGCGUGUGUGUACAUGUGUACGUGUGUGUGUGUGUACGUGCGUGUGUGUGCGCGCGUGCGUGUGCGCGCGCGGAAGGAAGGAAGCUUUUAUGAUGAAACGGUAUUUAUGAAAUUUUAUCUCGCUUGAAAAAGGUCAUUUUUAUUCUUAUUGUUGUUGUUUUAUGACACGCGCGAGUGUCGUGUGGGGGGUUGCCGUGAGCUCUUGCCGACGUUGAUGACCGAGUGCGUUGCUAUCCCCGUUCGCAUCGUCGGGUUGUUUGUUGUUGUUUGUUGUUAGUGCCGUCGUGCGGAAUGACAGAGCCCUUGACACAAUGAACACGACAAAGGUCCCCCGUGUAGCCCUGCAGACUGGCGGGGCAAGUGCUGUGAGCGAGGAGCGCCCAUCAGGGUCGGCACGGCACACGAGGGGUGCAGUGGCCGGGACCACUCCUGGGCCGCCUUUGUCUCUACCCACCCCCGCCGUGUACACCAGGGGACUCGUUUAAGGCCGAGUCGACCUAAGAGUGGCCCAGGAUCGGCUUCGAUAUUCGUCAUCAAAUGUUGGGCCAGUGAGCGGCUUUUGGCGAGCCCAGGUUCAGCAGCGUGGGCGCGCUAACCACGACAUGACCGCUCCCCAGAGCACUUGCCCCAACAGCCUGCUGAGGCUGGACGGGGGGGGGGGGAUCUUUGACACACACCACACACACACACACCGAUGAACAUUCCAUGUUACAAACUUACAAUGCAAGUAUAGUGGCGGCAAGAGAUUUGAGAUGAGCGCGCUCUCUUCGAGGUCACGUGUUCAAGGGGGUCGCGUCCAUCGAAGAGGUCUCCCUCCCCUCCGCCUCGUCUGCUCUGGCGUGUCAAUAAAGCUGCGUCGUCGUGUAUCUCUGUGCGUGUACGUGUGCGUGUGUACGUGUGUGUGUGCGUGUACGUGUGUACGUGUGUGUGCCUGCGUGUGUGUGUAUGUGUGUCUGGCUUGCAAAUGGGC